AUGAGUGCUCCUCAGCCGGGCUCCGAAUUCUUCACGGCCUGCCAGAAUAUUAAGAAUGACCUAGAGAAUCAUACUAAGCGACGACUCGAGCCUGCCAGCCGGUUCAUUUCGUAUCAAGAUCUGUUGAAAAUAUGGCAGACGGAAGAUCGCAUCCACAAAGUGCUCUAUACCGACCGCCGCAUCGAUGACGAUCUGCAGAACAUCCAAGACAACUUCAUUGCCAUCCUUUCCACUCUCGUAUCAAUCGAGGCCACACAUUGCCUAGCAAACUUCCGGAGUUUAUUUCUUGCUGGGAAUAUAACCGAUAAGGAUCUUCCGCUAGAGCGAGAGCAAAUCGAAACUUUCCUUCCUGAUCAAUCACAGCAAGUAGACCGAUUCGAUAACAUUCAAUGCAACUUUUGCCCAACAGUUAUCUCUUGCACAACUCCCCUACAUUGUGUUUCUUCUAAGCGUCGACUACCAUUUGAGAUAAAGCCUGAGAAGCUGGGCAUUGGGGGCUUUGGAGAAGUGGAAUUGGUGACUAUAACGCCACGGUACUGGGAAACAGAUAGUAAAAGUUACUACAACUUCGCCUAUAAAGUUGCCUGCAAGAAAUUCGACCUCAAGGAAGCUUUUCUCAAAGAACACAAGAAUCUCACAAUUUUAAAGGAGAGUUUGACAACACAGCAUCACAUUCUGCAGCAUUACACGGCUGUGGACCAUGGUCCACACAACUACUAUAUUCUCUUCCCAUAUGCCGAACAUGGGGAUCUGCACCAAUUUCUAUAUGGUGGUGCUGGGAGCUAUGAAAUUCACAAUCAAUUUCCUGGCAUACCGGAGGAAAGUGAUACAGCCAUAUUCAAGCCAUUGUUGUAUCAAUGCUGGGCUCUGGCAUGCGCUAUUCAGUGGUUGCACGACUAUAUUCAGGUUGAUGGCGAGCACAUCAUGUGUGCUCAUUUAGACCUCAAGCCGGACAACAUCUUAAUCAGGAAUGAUGCAAGCUCUGUUGUAGGGAAGUGGAUGAUAUCUGACUUUGGCAUUUCCGUGCUUGAACCCCAGAAGCUUGGUUCAGGCCGUCCACUCAGUGUCAGAGGCUGUUACCAGGAACCGACCAUUGAAGUGAACCCUCACCGGGGAAGAGGAACCUAUCGACCACCGGAAGCUAUUAUCCGAACAGGGUCAACAGUUACGGCUAACAAGAUAGGUCGUCGAAGUGAUAUUUGGGCUUACGGGUGCAUUUUCACUGAGGUACUCGCCUGGGCAAUCGGACGACGCGAAGGUGUUCGACAUUUAGCCGAGAAAAGGCAAAUUGAAGCCACAAAUGACUAUUACUGGGAUGAACAGUUUGCUCAGAGCUUGUCGCCUCAAGCGACAGGUUUCAAAGUACGAGAUUCGGUUGUCCGAUGGCUUGAGCACAAUCAGAAUUCCACUGAGAGGGUAGUAGGCGAAUGGGUGAAGACAAUCAAAGACAUCCUUAUCAUAGACAAGGAGCACAGGCCCAAAGCGCAAAAGCUUGUGGAAUACGUUAGAGGUGUGUACAAAUCAUGCGACCUGCCUCAAAUCCGCGAUUCGCAGCCACUCAAGUCCCCAGCCGAGCCUCCGUUCAGGCAGUCAAGCAGUUCAUCAUCUAGUCAGUCUCACAAUCGAUCAAAUAGUCGAUCCAGUGAGCUACGCAGUGAGCCAUUCAGUCCCUCACCCAGUCCCUCACCCAGUCAAUCAUCGAGUCAACCUUCCAGUCCAUUAUCCAGUCAGCCAUCCUAUCGAAUGCCAGAUCUCCGAGAACCUCUCAGAGAGUCGGGCUUGCAGGGACAGAGCAAGCUACUACCACAUGGCAAAAAACAUUUCAUUGACGCCUAUAUGUCGCGGACAAGCUGCCAAGGCAAGGUCCCAAUUGCAGUAGUAUUCAGUGACAAAGUUGAAAUACUGAACUUGGACCUUACGCAAAAACAGAUCGAAGAGAUUGGAUUCCUAUCACUUUUUGGGAGAUUAGGAAAUGCCGAGGUUGUCAUCGAAGGCCAGUACCUCGCAAUUUGGGGUUUCUGCAAAGGUUCCCGUAAGGGAGAAGGGAAAAGAAUGCUUCAUAUUGGGGAGGUUAAUUCAGGCUUCGAGACAAGCCUACCCAUAGUCCCGGAGUUAGUUCUAUCGGUCGCCGUAUCUCCGCAUGGUCUAUUCGCUUUAGUCCAGGACAAGGAAAUAAUACUACUGUCUUGGUCGUCCCAUUCGUCAUCAGAUGUGCGGCGCACACUAACCUUGCCCAGCUCGGAUCAAUCAUUCACGCAGGCCAUAUUCAACGCCAAUGGUAAAUUCUUGUUUGUGUGGGCAAGGAGCUCAAAGCAUGAGUCUCUGUACGUUUGGAAAGUCGAGGGGAUGACAGAUGAACCAGACUUCGCUGUUCACUAUUCUCUGCAUCGAUUCCACUGGAAUACUUCAGUUAUGCCUUAUAGUUCUGGUGAAGGGUGUGUCCUUGCAGAUGACCAGAACAGGUACACAGCUGUUACUCUGAAUCAGCAGCGCAGUGGGACACAUAGCGUUGAACCAGAGCGCAUCGAGCGCCCAUUUGAUACUUUGAAUGUGAUAGUCAGCUGCAUGAUUGGUGAUGAGUAUCUGCUCGGGCUGGUCAAAAGCGGUCAUCUAAUUACGGCACGAUUAUAUCUACAUCGCUUUGAAAUCACCCGCCGAGAAAACCAAACUCAUGCCUCAAUUACCCGGGGCAGUGAAGUCCUAGAAGUUCCAAAGAGCUUCAAGCAGGCCAGCAAAGUACGGGCCUAUGAGCAGCUGGGGGUAGCAACAGUGGUAUUAUGGAACGAGACCAGCUUCUUCAUAUCUGACCUACCUCCCAGUAAUGGGCAUCAUUGA